AUGAUCCUCCGGGUCUCAUUUCUUUUUAUUCUUGCUGCUGUUUGGCUGCCGACUGCACAUUCAGGUAACUUUUUGCUUUCAAAAACGUACGAAAACUUAGAUAGCCUCCAAUUUUUCUAGAAUAAUUUUAUUGCGUCACUAGUAAAUCCAGACAGACCCUCUUUUAAUUGGGCUUCAUUAGCGCUUCGUUUCCCCUAGGGACUUUCUUCCAAUACUUCCUCCGUUUCAGUCAAGUGCUACAGCUGCUCGUCGCCUCAAUUGCACCUUCAAUGGGUACGUUUUCUCACUCUUUUUGCUGCUCUCAGAGCCACGUCAUCAUGUGCAUUAGUGGCUGACUGAGAGCCAAAAAGCAUAUCCGUUUUCAAUGCAACGGAAGCCCGCACUUGCUCCGACCAAAUCACGAUUUUCAGCCGAAAGACGAGAGCACGAACCGCCUUCUCUACUUGCAAGAGUUCCCCUGGUUCGCCAAUGAGAGCUGCGAGACCGUAAGUGAUCCCAGAAGUUGGAUUUAUUCGAAUCGGCAGCGGUUCAGGUGAAGGAUCUGAUGCCAGUGGUGGACUGCGAGGACAGCGUGUGCAUAAAGGCGGUGAUCAAGGAGCCUCCUGCCGAAAGAUCGAUCUGCGGUCAGUUCAGUUUCUCUUUUGACAUGUCGUGUCUCAUUUUCCUCCUAAUCUCACCUCGCCCGUCCGUCCGUCAAUCAUCCAUCCCGUUUGCAGAUACGGGAGGCGCCAUAGUCAGGGACUGCUGGAGCCGCGUCUUCCCGGGAGCCGUCAAGAAUCCACGUGCUCGACGCGACAUCGUCCGUCUUGCCCAGACAUCAGACAGCGAGGAGACGAUCGGAAUCAUUUACACUUGCGAGGGUUUCCUCUGUAACUCGUCGGCCGUCUCUUCAUUCUUCGCCCUCUUCCUUCCUCUGCUAAUUCGACGAAAUUGA